UAUUCAUUCAUUCAUCACACCGGCACCGGCACAUCUGUGCGCGUCCAUGCCUCCUCCGGACGCGUCUCCAAGUCCAUGGACGAGACGGAACCGGCGGCGGCAGGAUGGUCGUUGUGGGAGCGAGUAACGGAACUUUCGGGAGUGGAAAUCUGAGGUCGUCGUUCAUGCGGGAGGACCGGGACCCCGGCGGCUCCACCAACAUGAUGAUCGCGGAGUCUCUGGCUCCGCGGCUGCUGAAGAUCGCGCAGGACGCGGCGGAGGCGGCGGCGGCGGCGGCGGCGGCCACGUCCCCGUCCAGCCAGCCGCAGGUGAUGGAGACCAACGGGACGCGCUGCGGAGAGCUGAUCCUGAGCUACGGCCGCGUGGAGAAGGUCCUGAUCGGGGGGGUGCUCACCAUGCUCACCCUGUCCACCAUCUGCGGGAACCUGCUGGUGGUCAUCUCCGUGUGCUUCGUCAAGAAGCUGCGCCAGCCCUCCAACUACCUGAUCGUGUCGCUGGCGGUGGCGGACCUGUCCGUGGCUCUGGCCGUCAUGCCCUUCGUCAGCAUCACGGACCUGAUCGGCGGCCAGUGGAUCUUCGGGCAGGUCUUCUGUAACGUCUUCAUCGCCAUGGACGUGAUGUGCUGCACCGCCUCCAUCAUGACUCUGUGCGUAAUCAGCAUCGACAGGUAUUUGGGCAUCACCAAGCCGCUGACGUACCCGGUGCGUCAGAACGGCUGCUGCAUGGCCAAGAUGGUGGUGUCGGUGUGGCUGCUGUCCGCCUCCAUCACGCUGCCGCCGCUGUUCGGCUGGGCGCAGAACGUCAACGACGGCCGGGUCUGCCUCAUCAGCCAGGACUUCGGCUACACCGUCUACUCCACCGCCGUGGCGUUCUACAUCCCCAUGUCCGUCAUGCUCAUCAUGUACUACCGCAUCUACCGGGCGGCCAAGCUGAGCGCCGCCAAGCACACCAUCACCGGCUUCCCCCGGGAGGGGGAGCACCGCGGGGGGGCGGCGCCGCGGGGAGGCGGGCCCGGGGCGCACGGCGCUCCGCCGCCCGCCGGACCGGGGGAGACGGCCAGCGUCGAGGGGACGGAGGCGGAGCCAGAGGAGGAGGAAGAGGAGGAGGAGGAGGAAGAGGAGGAGAGUCUGGACUGCGUGGCGGCGGCGCUGAAGCUGCAGCGCGAGGUGGAGGAGGAGUGCAGCACGCGGGUGUCCCGCCUCCUCAAGACCGGCGAGCACCACCAGCGCCGCAAGCGCAAGAAUCAGUCCAUCUUCAAGCGCGAGCAGAAGGCGGCGGCCACGCUGGGCAUCGUGGUGGGCGCCUUCAGCUUCUGCUGGCUGCCCUUCUUCCUGGUGUCCACCGCCCGGCCCUUCGUGUGCGGCGUGGAGUGCAGCUGCGUGCCGCUGUGGCUGGAGAGGACGCUGCUGUGGCUGGGCUACGCCAACUCCCUCAUCAACCCCUUCAUUUACGCCUUCUUCAACCGCGACCUGCGCACCACCUACAGCAACCUGCUGCGCUGCCGCUACCGCAACAUCAACCGCAAGCUGUCGGCGGCCGGCAUGCACGAGGCGCUGAAGCUGGUGGAGAAGCCCGACGCUGAUGUGUAG